UAUUGGUAUCCAACUAGCUGAAUGUCCGCUGUAACAACCAUAGACUUCUCAGUCUCUUACAACAAUAAGCAAUGGCCUUAAGAGUGUCUCAUCUGUAUGUGCUCAUGGCUUACUAAUGAGUGCGUAAAUAUAUCUGUCAAUAGAAGGGAAUGGCUCCGUAAAUAGAUAUACCACAUCAGCGUGUGGGCGAAGCUUAAUUUUUCUGUUUUUGUUUAUCUUGGUAAUCAGUCCAAGCUUUGUUUUGACGAUUGCUACAUUGUUGGGCAUAUAGAACGUUACCUGGUAUUUUUGCAGGUUGUAAUCUGUUUCUUCAAAUCGCAAUCAAUUGAUGUGUCAGCAUUAACAAAAGUAUUAUUGUCUUGCAAUCGGUUAAUGGAUGACACUUUCUCCGCAUAACACUAAACAUCUUGUUUGGCUGCAUUGUAUUUACAGUGUACUGUCGUUUAAUCUGUCUCCUGUUGAACUGAAGAUUAAGAUUCUAGAGCAUCAUAUAGGUUGACGUCAUCAACAAUGUGUUCUGCUAUGGAAGUACCAUACAUAAAUUGGAUGAAGAGUAUUAGUGUUUAUGAAAGCCCUUCCCAUAUUUACCUUGUUGGUUCUGAUGUUGGGGAACGCUAUUUCCGAAUUCUCAAGAUCGCUCGUGCUCCUGUUCCUUUGGGGGAAGAUCAGUUGUGGUUGGAUAAAGAGUGUAGUGCUUCUGAAGCAACUGUUGAAGCAGAAACUUUAGUUGAUCGAAUAUGGCGUCUUAACAUAAUUGAGGAUCCUCAUAUUUAUUCCAAAUCAGAAUUAGCACGAUUAUUGCAUGUUAUCCAGGCAACUAGUCGACAUUUCCACUCACAAACUAGUUCUCAUGGUAAUGACAAGUUUGAGGGAUCAAAAUCUAAAUGGUCACGGUUUAGUUCAUUGUUUUCAAAGCGUCAGUCUCAAGAACAGUUGCCCGAAAUCAACGAAAAUUCAUCUAUUUCGAAUUCAAAUACAUCCAACGAUAUGUCUCCUAAUCCAAAAGAUUUACAACAAGCUGCCGCUUCUGCUCUGUUUGUUGGCAGCAGUAAGCGUUCAUUAGUUUUAGUUACAAAAUGCUAUGGAGUCGUUGGAGUUAUACGAUUUCUACGUGGUUAUUACCUUAUUUUAAUCACUAAAUACUCAGUAGUUGCACAGUUGGGUGAACAUCAAAUCUGUAAGCUAGCUGGAAAACGUGGGCACUAA